AUGGCGGCACAUCCGGUAACGAAAUUCCUUUUUGACCGCCUCAUUCAGGAGCCAGCGUUGGAUCUCUUCAUCCACGAUGGGCUGUCGACUGAUAAGACACCCGACCAGGCAUUAACCUCGCUGGGGGGUGGUGAGAAGAUGCAGCCUAGUGGAGGUGCUCAAACCUUCAUUCUUGUUUUGGACGACCGAAAAAGACUUGAGGAUGCGAUUGCCGCCGUUUCUUGCGGUUCACUUGAUUUUAACCCACUGGAAAGGCUACUUCGGCCGUCCACAGCGCCAACGGUUCUACUGUAUUCUCCUGACGAUUGGGAAAGUGGUGAGAUUUUAAUGGAAAUACCGGGCCCUAAGAACAACACUGAGAUUGUGACGCUGCGCUUCUUUGAUCGCUCUUUUUUGGAGUUGCUAUAUUUGCCAGUGUCAUCGGUGAAACCCAAUGAAGUUUCGGAGGCUGAUGCUGUAGUAUCAGUUGAAAAAAUGGACAACCUUACCGUCGAUCAUGUCGAUUCAAAAGGCCUUUUGAGCACCAACCGCAUUGCUUCCCCCUCCGACUCCUGCUUCUGUGAGGUGUCCCCGCUUGUGGGAAGCGCGAAUGGGCGUGUUUACUAUUAUAUAUCAAGCGAUGAGUCUGUUUCUGACGGAUAG